AUGGACUGGGCCAAGACGCAGUACCGGAAGCAAAGGGACAGCUGGGUCCCCUGGAUCGAGGACAUGUACCUCUACUACUUCACCUCAGACAACAAAGCCAGCUACACCACCAAGGAGAACCUGGACAGGACAAAGGUGACGGGCGACGAGGACGUCGACCACAUCCAAGAGGGUGUCAAUCAGGGCGUCGCGGGGCAGUUGGGCCAAGGCGGUGUCGCGCAGCCGGCGGGGGAUGUCGUCUCCAAGGAGGGCAUCAACAGGGCGGAGAGGAAGGGUGCUGAUCAGCAGGGCGAGUAUUUGCCGAAUCCGUUGCCGGGCCUGUAG